GCCGUAGGAUCACGUGAUGUGGAGGUGCCCCGCGCGUGGAGCAGGAUUUCGUUUCUUUGGGGCUUUUUGUGGCGGCGGCCGUCGAAUUCCUGGAGUGGGACUGGAACCCUGUCCUCCUGAUCUAGCGGUCGUGAUAUUACCACUGCUCCGCAGCACUGUUAAUGCGAAUGUGACCGUAGAGAGGCAGCAAAUAACGACUGUCUCAGCGCCGGCAUCUUUCAGAUGCAAUCUGUUGAAGAUCCAGAGCCAAAAGGAAUGUUUGAAUGCAGUUUGUGCAGGCUUAAAGCUCCAUACAGCUACUAUGGACAGAAACCACCAAAUGCACGAUCUCUUGUACUCUUAGAAGAAUGCUAUACCAUGAAUGAUCCAUUCACCCCUCAAAGGGACACAUUUCUGAUUCUUGGCUCCCACUGUUGUCUGUGCAACACUGUUGUGUGUGUUGGUCAGGAAUGCAGUCUUUUUUAUACGAAGCGAUUCUGCAUUCCCUGUGUGAAGAAGCAUAUAGAUGAGUUUCCUGAAGAGAUUCAGCUGGACCUGCAGAAGAAAAAGCAGUAACAAACCUCAAGCCUUAAGCCUUACGUGAACACAGCAAAGAGGCAGCUUUAAGAAGAAAAUAUGGAGGUUAAAUAUUCACAGCAACCUGGACACUUGAAAGAGGUUUUCUUUCUAUAAGUGAAGAGCAGAAGUUUAUUCAUAAUUGAACUGUCUGCCACUUCUUUUGUAAACACUUGCUAUACCAGGAGAAAGCCCAGCAACGUACUCCAUUUAAGAAACAAUAUAUUGGCAUCAUCUGCAGAAAUAAUGUUUUACGUGUCUGAGUUGGCGGGCUAAUAGCCCUGUAAUGAUUACUGACUGACAUAUUGAUCUACAAGAGGAGAAAAGAUGAUUGUGUUCCUCAGUCACCUUAUCAGAGGAAUGGGAAAAUUUUGUCAAUCUUUGAAAUAUUUCACAAUAUCAAAAACUCUUCUGCUCGUUGUCUCUUCCCUACACUACUCAUCACCAGAUGAGAAUUAGAAACACCCCAUUCACUAAUUUCCAUCUUUAUUUUGACAGAAUACCCAUUGCUUUUAUUAUUUAUCUUCUUGACUGCACUGCUCUUAUUAGGGACUCUAUGUAUAGUAAUGUCUUUGUGAGUACUAUUGACAAUGCUAUGGCAAAAGCAUGUUGGAGAAAUGAUAUUACCAAAGCCUCUUUAGAUAAGUACAUCGCAUAUUUGCAACAUCUGAGCUAGUGGGAAAAUUGAUAAAGCUUGCAACACUGAAAAUCAUAUAUCUGUUUGAUAAUAAUCAGGUGUUGGUAUCUGAAAAUGUGGUAUCUGAAGCUUUGAAGCUAUGAGCAGUGCUUGACCUCAUGCUAUUUACAGGUCUUAUUCUCUCCAUCGUUUCUGAGCUCCUUUUGGGGUUCAAAUAAAAGGGUAUACUACAACAAGAACAACUUGCAUUUUGUGAAACAAAUUUAAGGUAGUAGAAGUUCCUUUGCACUCACUUCACAGAACUAUUCACUGACAUAGGAAAUAAGGUAACAACAGCUUGGAUAAAGAGUUUUAAAAUGUUUUGAGGAACAUGAGAUAGAGGGACAGGAGUUUAGGGAGGUUAUUUGAAGCAAGGCCCUAAGUGAAGUCACAUCCCCUUUCUUCACCUUAAGAUGCUCUGAUAUUUCAAGGGUGAAAAUGGGCGAAUAUUCUGAUGGAUGGAUUAAUGUCCUCAAGUCAGACACUAAAGCUGUGAAAAAUUUCAAGUUUUCUGUUGAUAAUUAAUUAACUUCCUCUUGCUUGGUUUCUUUUUGAGUUAACUUGUCUAAAAUACUUACUUAUUUCUAAAUCUUGGUUUUCAUUUUCUUGAAUUCUGCAUUCACUACUCUUUAUUUCUUUCCACACCUCCCAUUGCACCAUAUCUUCCCCACCUCCAUCAUUUGAAGAUUCAUCACUUUUAGAAGUGAAAAUAUAUUUAACACAAGAAUGGAUGCAAUAAUCAAACCUCUUAAAGGUUUCGCCAGUUCAGAAGUUUUAUAUAUUUACAAAUUCCUCUGUUUAUGGCCAGAUUUAUCCAGCAUUUAAACUGCUCCAUAAAUUACUUUGCUUUAGCAGUAACUUGUAAUUGCUUUAACAUUUCAGGAAAUGCACCUUCUGCUGAGCAUUUUCGGCUUGAUAUUGAACAACUUCAGGUUUAACAUAGCUUUUUAUUUAGGUAAUAGUUCGACUAAUAUGAAUUGUUUCAUAGCUGCAAGUUGAAGUAUGGUCAAAAGCAACUCAGUUUAAACCAUCGUUCUUUGGUUUACAUUAUUCCAGAGAUUGUGAUUCAAGUCUUAAUUGUAAAUAGUUCAAUUCCUUUUUCACUGACAAUUCUUCAAACAGCUUGUUAACUAUCUGCUAUUAGCGAGACAUUUACUUUUUAGCAUGGCUUAGCUGAAACAUUUCAGAUCCUGCUAUUUAUUUCAGCAAGUUAAAAUUUCCUGUCAAUCAUAAGAUAUAAGUGGAGCUAAUUAUAAUGGAGCUCCGGUAAUAAAAGAAAAAUGUUGUCAAAAAUUUGAAACAAAAACCGAGUGACAGAGAAACUUUGCAGGUCUGCCAGCAUCUGUGGAGAGGGUUCAUUUUUAUGACUGUUCAGAACUGGGCUUUGGUAAUGUUGUUUGAUUGUCCAGAUUUGCUACUUUCCAUUUGUAUUGGCUUGAGUUGGUGCUACAUUGAAGCAAUCAGUUGCUCCACAUGGUAGAAUACUGGUAGAAUGCAGGAAGUGAGGCAAGUUCUAUAUAUCUAUUCAAUGAAGCUAAGACAGGUGCAAAGUCCAGUAUUGGUUUCCAGAAUUAAUAAUUAGCAAGUGAGAAGCGGUGAUACCAGAGGCAAUUAAAGGAAGGACUAUUGAUCAAUCGAGAAGUCUACUAAGAGAACUACAAAAGCCCAUAGCAAUCCCAGGGAAUUAGUUAAGAAAGUGGAAUAGUCAAUAUGAUACCUCAAAAGAACAAAAGGGUUAAUGGGUGCUCUCCUCUUCACAUUCUUCUCUAACUUCUGUAAUUCAGUGCCAUCAGAAAUUAAUAAUAUGAGAAGAGCCAUCUCAGACUUGAAACAUUAACUUUGUUUCUCUCUUCACAUAAACCUAA